AUGGCCUGGCGACCUGCAGUCCGGGUUGUACCAGAUGCCAAGCCCAGGUCUGCACCGCCCCCGGCCGGCAGAGCCGAGAUCGUCUCAGUCGCGAGAGCCAAGACCGGCUUUGCCCACCAGCACCGCGCUCGAAACACACAAGCCAGCCGCCAUGACGUGUGUGGCCGGAUCGCAAAUUCACAUCUCCAACUUCCUGAUUCCAGAUUUCGGUUUCCGGCUGUCGGCUGUCGGCCUCCUCUCUUACACCAACUCCGUGCCCCACGAGGCUAUGAAGAGGGUGGAGAGAAGCAGGUUCGCUUAUCUUCCUCCCACUCUGGCCAGUCCACCUCGAAAUUCCCACUUCAUGCACACUUCAACUUGACACUCUUCAACACACGCACACCAAAUUCUGCUAAUUGGCGCUACACGAAAGGGACGCAAAUGCACACAGUCCAGCUGGCAGCCAGGGAGCUGUCCGGCAAACGGGCCCACCGUUUCCCCUUUCCCUCGAGCACCGAAUUGGUUGUCAUGGUCGUCUAUCGCAGAAACGUGAUUGCCCCACACCGACACACACAAACAGGCACAGGAGGAGGAGGCCAGCUGGAAACUGUCACAAACUAUACCGAUCGGAGAGUUUCGAGCCCAAGAAGAUAA